AUGAUAAAUCUCAACUUUCUCGUCUUACUUCUGUUGAGCAUCUCAACCUCCAUACAUUAUAUAGCUAAUGCUUCUUCGCUUGUGAAGUAUCUUCCUGGUUUUGAAGGUCCUCUUCCUUUUGAGCUCGAGACUGGAUAUGUGAGUAUUGGUGAAUCCGGAGAUGUUGAGCUCUUCUACUACUUUGUGAAAUCAGAGAGAAAUCCAGUAAAAGAUCCUCUCAUGAUUUGGCUCACCGGUGGCCCUGGAUGCAGCUCUAUUUGUGGUUUGCUCUUCGCAAACGGUCCUCUAGCUUUUAAAGGGGAUGUGUAUAAUGGGACAGUGCCUCCUUUAGAGCUAACAUCUUUUUCUUGGACAAAGUGGUUUGUGGAUCACCCUGAGUUUAUAUCGAAUCCAUUUUACGUUGGUGGAGACUCAUAUUCCGGGAAAAUUGUUCCAGGAGUUGUACAACAGAUUUCACUUGGAAAUGAGAAAGGUCUCACACCACUCAUAAAUGUUCAGGGAUAUGUUCUUGGAAACCCUGCGGUCGACUUAAACUUUGAAAAGAACCAUAAAGUUUCGUUUGCUCAUCGGAUGGGACUUAUUUCAGAUGAGCUCUUUCAGUCACUUGGAAAAACUUGUGGAGGCAAAUUCUUCAACGUAGACCCGAGUAAUGCAAAAUGCUCAAAUGAUCUUCAAGAUUAUCAUCAGUGUAUCAUAGAGAUAUACGAAGAGCAGAUUCUGCUACCAAACUGCGAAGUAGAUUACAUCUUAGCAGACCCACCACAAACCUUACCAAACAUGAGAACCAGUAGAAGACGAGAACUGAAGGAUUUUUCAGGAGAAGAUCCAUCAUCUGGUGAUCAUGAUAUGAUGAUACCUUACACUUCAACUGAAGCAUGGAUCAAAUCUCUCAACUAUUCCAUUGUUGAUGACUGGAGACCUUGGAUGAUCACUAGAAAUCAAGUCGCUGGAUUUACAAGGACUUACGCGAACAAUAUGACAUUUGCAACCAUCAAGGCAAUGAUUUCUAAACCCUUUCUUUCUUCUCCAAAGUUUGUGAAGGAAGAAACAAAAAGUGACAUAGAAAGUUUAAUUUUGCAGGGAGGAGGACACACCGCCGAGUAUAACCCAAACCAAUGUUCACUUAUGUUUAAGAGAUGGAUUGUUGGAGAACCUCUCUGA